AGAGGGUUCCAGAAGAGAUCCCGCAAGCGAUUCCAUGAUACGGUCUUGGUCGAUGUUCUUGGAUGAACACGUUCGCAGGACCCAACCACGGAACGGAAACGAACAGCAGUAGCUGGUAGACGGAAGAUGGAUUUCUUUAAAAGCGUAUUGCCACCGCUACCGAAGUUGCCCAAGUUGAAGAAGCUGCGCCAGUGGAACGGUGGCUCACUGUUGAGCCUGAACCAGUUUCCUAACCUACCGGCAGCGUUCAAUUUUGGAGUUAGUGGUGGCACUGUUACACCCGCCACCGAUGCACCAUACACCACUACCCGGCCUGUCCCACGCAAUGACUUUGUUCGGCAGCAUCCGGUACCGCCACGUCACAUGCGCCACUCGUCGGACAUUUCGAUCAUCUCGUCGGCAGUUAGCAGCCGAACACCGGCCGACUAUAGCCACCGGGACAAUCUCGGUCUGUACGCGCUGAAGUGUGAUCGUAGUGCGGCCAAGCGAGGCAUACUGCUGAACCUACCCCGUAAGAUCACGCAAGCGGUCGGUGGUUCGGAAACGCCCGUCGGCCCAACACCGGCCACCAUGGUGCACGAGAAGUUUUCCCCCUGCAAACGACGCCCUCCGGUCGAGGUGCCGGAGAUAAAGCCACCACCGAGAAGAAGAAAGCGGCCACCAGCGUGUGACCAGCAGCGGAAGCCGGACGCCGAUCUAGGCCGGUGGCAGAAAAACAACAGCGAGCUGUUCCGGAUCGUCGAGCGCGAAUCGGCCAGUACGGCACGGGCCCGAUCGGCCGGUGGUGUUGGGCUUAUGUUGGCCAAGAAGCCGCACCGUACGGGCGUGCCCGCACCACCGAAGGGAAGCACUUUUUUCGACGCACCAACGUCGAGCAGCGACGGUGCGGUGGUGGAGCUGGUGGAACAGGUAAAGGCGCAAUCGGUCGAUAAUUUGCUGGCGAUGCGCUAUCAUCGCAGAAGGCGCGGUGCCUUUGCCGAGCCGGAAGGACCACGGGAGGAGAGUGAUAGUGAGUCGAGUGACAACCGGCAGGUGCAAUCGCUGCGACUUCAUCAACAGCCGCCGCAACACCAUCAACAUCCGCACCAUCGGCGAUCGUCAUCCGCCGUUAAUGGAACGGUCGCUAAGAGCAACAUCAUUCAACCGGACAAACCACCGUCGGGUUCAACCUCACUGCCGCCAGCGGCACCAACGCGCCACCAUUUCCCACCGAUGGACCGGGCGUGUGAUUUCUCCAUCGAUAACAAUUCGGACGAGAUCGAGGUGCGCUUCCGGAGAGGGUACAGUACGGACGAGAGUAGCGAAACGACAACCACGGUCGCUGGCGUGAAGCAGGACGAUACAGACCGACGUCCACCGAACUCGGAGAAGCUUCCACUGCCGCCACGUGUCGUGCAGUUGCGACGCACUGAUUCCGGCCCGUCGGCUCGCGCCAAGUUGGCCGGGUCUCCGGCCCGCACGGUACCAAAAGCACCCGAACCGGAACCCCCCGUUGUACAGCCGGAUCCACCCACAACGCGCCAGUUUAUGCCACUAGCCGAGGUACUCCGGAAAUCGAUCGACAGUGCAGAGUUAAAGCGCAAGUGGAUUAACGAUUUCCUAUCGCAGGGCAGCGAAGCAAAUGGUCCAGAAGCAUCUGGGCCAACGGUCGCAAAGAUCGGUGGUUGCACCGUACUCGAACCGUUCGUUCCACAGCUAGACAUUGUUCAGCGGAUGGAUCGUCAGCUGGAGGAGCUCGAGGGUGUGGUGCCGGGUCGCCGGCAGGAAUCGAACGGCAGUGUGGACAUUUUCCGCAAAACGAAUUGCGAUUUCGAGGAGUUUGAUGAGCUUUUCGACACGGCCGAUCGUUCGACCGAAGAGUCCGGUGGCCGGAAGAUAGUUAAACUAAGCGAGCAGAUCACGUACAUUGAUCGCAGCAGCACUACGAGCAAUCUUUGCUUUUCUUCCUCCUCCUUUUCGUGUGCGAGUAUGGAGGACGGAAAACCGUCCCUACCAUCCUCAGCUCCACCAUCGUUGCCACCGCCUCCUCCUCCGCCUCCCCCACCACCACCACCACUCCAACUUCAGGCACCUCCUGCAGAGGGAGAAGCCUUGAGCAAUGGUAAAAAAUCGCUUACCGGUAAGGAACGCUUUGCCGGUUGUAAAAGCACAGUCAAAAUACAGGACUACAGCAGUAAGCAUCUGCAACGCGUACGGUACCUUUCAUCACCGUCACCGUCCCGCAGCUCGAUGGUGGAACAGCUUCACACCCACGGCAUCCAGCGGUGGACCGAUUCGGGUAGCGAUACGGACCACAACAACGAAAGCGGUCUGCACCGGAACGCAAAUAAUAAGCCUCAUAUAGCGCUUCCUUUCAAUGUACUCAAUAAUGCUAACAGUUACGAUAGAGACGACGCGUUUCCUGCUUCCAACCAUACUAAACGGCAGCAACAAUUUAAGGAUGCAUCGUCAGGCACCAACCGACAGUUCCAUGUCGGGGGUGAACAACAUGAAAACGGACCGGAAUUGCAGCAGAAACCGUAUGCUGCACGAAUGCAUCCGGGAGAACCGGACAAAUUGUACGAGACGAUAAACUCUGCUAUGAUCGGGGAAGGUCGAAGAAGCAGUGACGGGAUUAAACCGACCGACCGUCACCCGGAGCGAACCAUCGAGAUCCGGAGCGUUCUCCUACCGGAUUACAGUGAAUACUAUAACGAGGAAGGUGUCAUUAUUAUAUAAAGCAAACAAUAAAACAGAAACACUGCAGCGCAAACAACUAUCCGAACAAAUUUACUCACCUAUAAUAAAACCUACGA